CGCAAAUGGUCGCUGGAUGCAGAUGAUUCCUUCGCGCCAAACACAACAAUAGUCUUGUCGCUUCGUCCAUCCAACAACUUCGAAACAACGAACAAAUUGUUGAAGAAGAAUAUCCAAACAUGUCGAUCAUCGCAAGUCCACAACCAGCUGUGCAACGAAUAACAAUCAGUCGCAUGAAUAUUGCCGUAUUGAGAUCCGCUGAGCAUCUCCGACAAUUCUUGAAGCCUUCUCAAAAGACCACAGGACAGGAGAAAGUGAAAGCCUCUUCAUAAUUGUGCCUAUUAGGGAACUUGAAUAAUUUCCUCCCAUCAAUAAUUUUCGUCAGAUGCUUGACUGCCUUAUUUUUUUGUCUUUAUCAUCGCUAUAAGUAAACAAGCUUUUGGUACGAGUAAAUAUAACCGAUCCAUACAUAUUUUGUUUCAGAAUUAAAAACACCUUAAGAUGAAGCUGGAGCAUGAACAAGGAGCCAGAGCAGGAAACCCACACGUCCUAGUGCUACCAUGCCCAGCACAGGGACACCUAAACCCAGCCCUCCAAUUCUCCAAGCUCCUCGCCUCCAAAGGCCUCAACGUAACUCUGGUCAUCGUCACUGCCACCGAGUUGAACUCCAGCCAACUCGGCUCAGUGCAGGUGAAGCAGCUCUCCUACUCCGACUCCACCGACAAUUGUGAAGCAGAGGAAGAUGAAGAACAAGACGGAUAUGGCAAUUGCGACCUGUUGAAGCAAUACAGAAAGACCCUGAAGAUGAAACUCCCCGGGGUAGUUUCCGAAGUAGAGGCCGGCGGCGACCGAGUGGUGUGCUUGGUCUAUGACUCGUUGCUUUGGUGGUGUUUAGGCGUUGCCAGGAAGCUGAACCUGGUCGGGGCUGCUUUCUUCACGCAGUCGUGCAGUGUGGACGCCAUCUUCUGCGGGUUUCGGGAAGGUCGGGUCAGGAUUCCGGUGGCCGUGGAUGAGAGGAAUGAGGUUUUUGUGGAGGGGAUGGGGCGGAUGCUUCAGCUCCAUGACUUGCCUUCCUUCUUCUUUGAACCGGAUGACCCGCCCGGUUCGUUCGACUUGCUUUCUGCCCAGUUUACCAAUGUCGGGUUGGCUGAUUGGGUUUUCUGCAACACCUUCACUACCUUGGAAGAAGAGGUACUAGAGUACAUGGGCAGCCGGUUCAAAUUCAAGCCGGUCGGACCAACAAUCCCAUCAAUCUAUCUGGGCAAGCAACUAGCCGGCGACACUGCCCACGACUACGGCCUCAGCUACUUCAAACCCAAACCCGAGGCCAAUAGCUACGUGGAAGAAUGGCUCGACUCCAAGGAACAGGGCUCGGUGGUCUACGUUUCAUUCGGCAGCCUGAUCACCGUGUCAGGGGAACAAAUCGAAGAAGUAGCCGCCGCCCUAAAAACGAUCGGCUACCCUUUCCUCUGGGUGGUCAGGGAAUCGGAAGAGUGCAAACUUCCCCGAGAGUUUCUCAGCGAGACGUCCCAAAACGGCGUCGUUGUGAGGUGGUGCAGCCAGCUGGAAGUGCUGGCCCACAGGUCAACGGGUUGUUUUCUGACGCACUGCGGGUGGAACUCGACGAUGGAAGCGAUGAGCCUGGGAGUGCCGAUGGUCGGGGUGCCGCAGGUGUCGGACCAGACCACCAACGCCAAGUUCAUCACCGACGUUUGGAAGGUGGGGGUCAGAGUGAAGAGAAGGGGCCAGAAGGUGGCGGCGGAGAAGAGCGUGGUGGAGAGGGAAGAGAUCGGAGCGGCGGUGAUUGAAGUGAUGGAAGGGGAGAUGGGGAAGAGCAUUCGGAGGAAUGUGGAGAAGUGGAAGGGGAUAGCUCGAGCUGCUGCUGCCGACGGAGGCAGCUCCGACAAGAACAUUGAGGAGUUUGUUGCUGAGCUUAAGGUAUACAACGCAUAGUAACAAGUUUGAUGUUGUUAGGGAUACAUGAAGAUGCAUGGUUUAGAGGAAAAUGUUCGGAGCAGGACAAAGCGUUGUUCAUUUGACUUUUCAUUGUCAGUUUGUUGACUCUGAAGUGAAAGGAAAAAACACAUGUGGGAAAAGAGGGGGGAGAACAAUGAAAUAAGAUGUAAGAAUAUUAUUAGCAAGAAUUGAUGUAAUUUACUAGCUAAUUUGCGACUCUCAAAAGAGAUUAUGAAAACAAUAUAUGUCCGUUGCUCUGGCCUCGCACACCAGGAGUUCUUGGCCUCGGUGUUGGGAGUUGGCGCGGUAGGGGUUCAUGAUAAGUAUCUUGGUCUGCCGAUACUUAUUGUUCGGUCCAAGAUGGUCACUUUCCGGUAUAUGGAAGAGAAGCUGCUAAAGCGCCUCCAAGGUUGGAAACAGAGGACCUUGUCGUGGGCUCCUAAAGAGACCUUGAUUAAAUCGGUUGCUCUGGC